AUGGCUCAAGAUCCUGCAAGAAAAUACGCAACUCCAAAUCCAAAGACUAGAUAUUUAUUUACGUGUAAUUUUUGCUCAAAGAAUAUAACAUCAGGGGUUCGAAGGGUUAAGGAACACUUGGUCGGUGGUUUUAAAAAUGUCACGGCAUGCCCUAAAUGUCCAUCACAUGUGAGAGAUGAGAUUAUAGAGUUCAUGAAGAAAAAAGAGGAUGCUAAACUGGAUCAAGAUCUUCCGUCAGCAUCACAAGGUAGGCAGGAUUUUGAAGAUUUAACCUUUGGAGAUGACGAAGAGGAUGAUGUUGGUAAUACAACAAUUAAAUCGAAGAAACCGAGGACGAAAGGUGCUUUGGAUGUAUAUUACGACCGCGUUCCAGCAAAAGGAGUCCAAGUACAAAAAUUGAGCAAGGGAAAACAACAGACGAUAAAUGAUGUUCAGGAAAAAGAGUUACGUGACAGGGCUUGCACUAAAUUGGCUAAAUGGUUUUAUGAAGCCGGAAUACCAUUUAAUGCUGCUAAGCACGAAAGCUUUAAGAUUGCCAUUGAAUCUGUUGGACAGUAUGGUCCUGGUAUGAAGCCACCGAGUUAUCAUGAGCUGAGAGUGCCUUUGCUGAAGAAAGAAGUUGAGAGUGUGAGUGCUCUCGUAAAAGAGCAUAGAGAUGAUUGGGCAACUUAUGGAUGUUCAAUUAUAUCUGAUGGGUGGCGUGAUUCUGUUUCUCAUAAAGAAAUUAUCAACUUCUUAGUGAAUUCGCCAAAAGGUUCAAUUUUCAUCAAGUCUGUCGAUGUGUCUGACAUUGUAAAAGAUGCAAACGCUCUGGUAGCAAUGUUCGAAGAGAUGAUUGAUUAUGUUGGAGAGAAGAAUGUGAUCCAAAUCGUGACAGAUAAUGCCUCCAAUUACAAGAAAGCUGGAAUGACGUUGCAAGUAAGGAUACCCUCACUGUUUUGGUCUCCAUGUGCAGCACAUUGCAUCGAUUUGAUGCUUGAAGAUAUUGGUAAAAUACCGCUUAUCAAUGGUGUGAUCAAAAAGUCAAUAGCUUUGACCGGUUAUAUUUACAGUAAGAUGGGCGUGCUGAACAUGAUGAGAAGAUAUACGAAUAAGAGAGAGUUACUUAGGCCGGCAGUCACUAGAUUUGCUACUUCCUUCAUCACUUUGAGGUCCAUCCAUAACCAGCGGCAGAAUCUCAGAAAAAUGUUCACCAGUGAUGAAUGGACUACUAGUCAGUGGUACAAAGAGGCAUCCGGAAAACAGGCAACUACUACUGUGUUGAAUGAUGCUUAUUGGAGACAUAUUGUACAUGCACUCAAAUUGGGUUCUCCUCUUAUUGAGGUGUUGAGAAUGGUUGAUGCUGAGCGCAAGCCCGCGAUGGGUUAUAUUUAUGAGGCUAUGGAUCGUUGUAAAUAG